CAUGAACCCAUUGAUGCGUUAACCAACACUCACAGCCUACACGCUAAACAAUAACAGUCGCGCAAACAAGAAAUGAAAUCACCCCUGUUUUCCCUCUUGUGCACUCAAACGCGCUAAACCCCUUUUAAAGGCACAAGAAGCACGUGAAGAGUUCAUUAAGAGUUGAUCAUUGACAUUUCACUUCCAUCCAUACAAUUGCUUGAUUGCAACACUCAUUCACUGGCAGCUGUAGAAGGAAGGAUGACGACUGUUGACGAUCAAAUGCCUAUAACGGCAACUGCGUCUGUACUACAGAAACGACUAUUAUCCACAAUCGAACAAGAAGAGAUAUCCGCCAAAGGACUAACAACGACCGAAGAACGAUUUGCACUUUUACAUGCAUCUUCACCAUUAUUUGCUCAGCUACGUGCAACAUCACGUAGAGUACACGAAGAUACACGGAACGGGAAAGGAAGAGUGACAGAAAUCCGAACAAGAGUGGACAAUGCAAGUUUGGCUUUACAGAACCUCAAAUAUCAAAAACGUCAUUUACAGGAAGAAAUACGGAAUUGCAAAUCGUUUCAAUCAAUUUAUGAAAAUGUCUCGCUGAUAGAUGUGGAUCAAUUUAUGCAAUCGGCACCUGAGGCAGAAAAGACGGAUGAGAUCACCACAAAUGCACAUAAGCUCUACUUGGCCAGAUUACGCUUUGAGCUAAGUGAACGAAAACGACUGGAAGAGGAGAAACAGCAAUUGCAGUCCAAACGGGCUGCAUUGAUGAAGGAGAACCGAAAGAAGAAGCAGAGACUGGAAGGACUCGAAUCUGAUCUCAAGGAAAUGCUAAGUAGAAGUAUCCAAGUACGCAAUCGAUUCGAGGAAGCCAAUCGAGAGGAACAACAGCCUAGUGCAGCUGAAGAUGAAAUGCAGACUGAUCCAGAAAAGCGACAAAGACACGAAACUGCUUCUAGCACAGCAGCAGCAACGCCAAUACCCGAUCAGCCAACACCAAAGCCAGUCACGGAGGGAUAAUCACUGUUUCCAAAUAUGUAUUUUUACUGUACAAUAUCAAUCAAAUUUCUAGCAUUAUUGCUUCUCUAGAAGCAUACAUGCUAAUGUCAUCAUGACAAUUUCUUGACUAAGCCUUUGA